CGCAUCGAAAGAGUGUUAUGCCGUUGGUAAAGAGUACGAUGUAAAUAAUUCCCCUGCAAAGCUCCCAGUUAAUGGCACACGUAAUAUAGCAGAUGACAAUUUAGCGGAUUCAUCGAGAGAACUUUAUUUGUAAAAGCACGACCAUGCUACCAGUGAAGAAGGGUCAACGGCUUUACCUUCAAUCGCCGCCCCCGUACACUCCGUACGGAGGACCUGCGAGCGAAAAUCCUGGCGCCUGGUAUGCUGCAAGUUCAGCCCCGCAGAUAACUCCGAGCGUAGUUCCGGGCCCUCAAUAUCCGGGCAACCAAUACAUCGUGUAUUGUCAGCAUCCACCGGGUACCGCGUCCCCCUCGAAUUCAUCUGCAGUUGUACAUCAUUCGCCCCAGCAAUCUGCCGAGAAGGCAACGCCGAUAACAUCAACGAAUCAGCCGGAAGUCGAGCCAAGCAAGCUUCAAAAAGCGCUCAACAACGAUACUGCGAAGAAUGGCAAGAUUAACAAAUUGCCAGCCCUCUUCAAGGAGAAGAGGGACAAGAGAUCGAUCGAGGACACUGGCUCUUCCGGUAAAACCGAAUCUACACCGAAAUCAAACACGAGCGAAACUACAGUAAUAACUGUGCCCUCCAACACCGAGGGAACUGACAUCUAUCCGAUGAUUGAUAUCAAGGAGAUAGAAAAUAUCGUCGAAAAUGAUCCUGCAAUAGGCAAAGCUGAAAAGGGAGUUGUAAAGACGUUGGAAGCGGUCGCAGAUGUGCUGACAGCCGAUAUGGCUGAGGCGCCGAACGGAAGCGCCUGCAAAUAUAAAACUUUCAAGUGCAUCAGAUUCACUUUGAUCGGGCUGAAAUAUGUGGCGAUUUUAGCCGCCGCUUCAAGUAUAAUGUACGCGGCAAUACGUCCAUUGAUCGAGCCUGCAUCUGCUGACUCUGCCAAUAACGCGGGUGCCACUGAUCUCAUUCAUCAUUCGGCGGAAUUGUUGAUUUAAACGGGUGAUUAUUGAGGCGACAAUGCCAAGGAAAUAAAAAUCCCCGCGCAGUAUGAUUUUUUUUAA